CGCGCCGCGUCACAAUGGAACCGGUCGGAGGCGGUGAGCCGGGCAGCGCUGGGGCUUCCCGCUGAGCCCCGCAGCCGCCAGCAGCCGGAAAAGUGCCGGCGUGGGGCCGCCGCCCGCGCGCCCAGAGCGGCGCGGGGCCCCCUGCGCGGGCAGUGCCGGCGCCUGGGCUGCAGUCGUGCAGGGCUCCAGUUUGUACCUCCAACUGCCUCCUAGGCAUCGCCGUAGCCAUCUGGAUAGCCCACAGUGAAGAUUCUCACCUCAGUGGUACCGGCUGUUUGAUUACCUCACUUACGACUUCUGCUGCUCUUGCCCUUCCCCAACUGGAGUGUGUCUUUCUGAUCCAGUUCCUGCCUAUCUGCAAAAGCUUAGAUAUGAGAAAAUUGGUACAAGCUUAUCUAAAAUGAAGCGGAUGGAAUUUUUCAAAUAGAAACUAAUUGCUGAGUUUCCGGUUGACCAGAAUUAAUAGGAAUGAAGACAUACACAGAGAUGGUGUGUCUAAGAAAUUUCAAAAGGUGUAGACCUCCCGAUUGAAGCAUAAUCAACUACUUUGAUUCUUCAUUUUUCAUUAUAUUUCUGUACUCCUACGUGUGAAAGUCAUGAUUACACUAACAGAGCUAAAAUGCCUAGCAGACGCCCAGUCAUCUUAUCACAUCCUAAAGCCGUGGUGGGACGUCUUCUGGUAUUACAUUACCCUGAUCAUGCUGCUGGUGGCCGUGUUGGCCGGAGCCCUCCAGCUUACGCAGAGCAGGGUCUUGUGCUGUCUUCCAUGUAAGGUGGAGUUUGACAAUCACUGUGCCGUGCCUUGGGACAUCCUGAAAGCCAGUGUGAACGUGUCCUUUGAUCCUGGGACACCUCUUCCUUUCCCCCUCAGAAUCCAGAAUGACCUCCACCGGCAGCAGUACUCCUACAUCGACGCUGUCUGUUACGAGAAGCAGCUCCAUUGGUUUGCUAAGUUUUUCCCUUACCUGGUGCUCUUGCACACACUCAUCUUUGCAGCCUGCAGCAACUUUUGGCUUCACUACCCCAGUACCAGUUCCAGGCUGGAGCAUUUCGUGGCCAUUCUUCACAAGUGCUUUGAUUCUCCGUGGACCACUCGCGCCCUGUCAGAAACCGUGGCAGAGCAAUCGGGAAGGACCCUGACACUCUCUAAGUCCAAGGUUUUGCUCUCGUCCUCAGGGUGCACAGCUGACAUUGAUUCUAGCAAGCAGUCACUGCCCUACCCACAGUCGGGCUUGGAGUCAGCUGGCAUAGAAAGCUCCACUUCCAGUGUCCUGGACAAGAAGGAGGGAGAACAGGCUAAAGCCAUCUUUGAAAAAGUGAAAAGAUUCCGCAUGCAUGUGGAGCAGAAAGACAUCAUUUAUAGAGUCUACCUAAAGCAGAUAAUAGUCAAAGUCAUUUUGUUUGUCCUCAUCAUAACUUAUGUCCCAUAUUUUUUAAGCUACAUCACUCUUGAAAUCGACUGUUCAGUUGAUGUGCAGGCUUUUACAGGAUAUAAGCGCUACCAGUGUGUCUACUCCUUGGCGGAAAUAUUUAAGGUCCUGGCUUCAUUUUAUGUCAUCUUGGUCUUACUUUAUGGUCUCACUUCCUCCUACAGCUUGUGGUGGAUGCUGAGGAGUUCCCUGAAACAAUAUUCCUUUGAAGCGCUAAGAGAAAAAAGCAACUACAGUGAUAUCCCUGAUGUCAGGAAUGACUUUGCCUUCAUCCUACAUUUAGCUGACCAGUAUGAUCCUCUUUAUUCCAAACGCUUCUCCAUAUUCCUGUCAGAGGUCAGUGAGAACAAACUGAAACAGAUCAACCUCAAUAAUGAAUGGACGGUUGAGAAACUAAAAAGUAAGCUUGUGAAAAAUUCCCAGGACAAGGUAGAACUGCAUCUUUUUAUGCUAAAUGGUCUUCCAGACAAUGUCUUUGAGCUAACUGAAAUUGAAGUGCUGAGCCUGGAGCUUAUCCCUGAGGUCAAGUUGCCCUCCACAAUCUCCCAGCUGGUCAACCUCAAGGAGCUGCAUGUGUACCAUUCCUCUCUGGUGAUAGACCAUCCUGCACUGGCCUUCCUAGAGGAGAAUUUAAAAAUCCUACGCCUGAAAUUUACUGAAAUGGGAAAAAUCCCACGCUGGUUAUUUCACCUGAAGAAUCUCAAGGAGCUUUAUCUGUCAGGCUGUGUCCUGCCUGAGCAGUUGAGCACCAUGCAGAUGGAGGGUUUUCAGGACUUAAAAAACCUGAGAACCCUCUACCUGAAGAGCAGCCUCUCCCGGAUCCCACAGGUUGUUACUGAUCUCCUGCCUUCACUGCAGAAGUUGUCCCUUGAUAACGAGGGGAGCAAACUGGUUGUGUUGAACAACUUGAAAAAGAUGGUCAAUCUGAAAUGCCUAGAACUGAUCAGCUGUGACCUAGAACGCAUCCCACACUCCAUUUUCAGCCUGAACAAUUUGCAUGAGUUAAACCUAAAAGAAAAUAACCUUAAAACUGUGGAAGAGAUCAUUAGCUUUCAGCAUCUCCAGAAUCUUUCCUGCUUAAAACUGUGGCAUAAUAACAUUGCUUAUAUUCCUGCCCAGAUUGGGGCAUUAUCUAACCUAGAGCAGCUCUUUUUGGACCAUAAUAAUAUUGAGAAUCUGCCCCUGCAGCUUUUCCUAUGCACCAAACUAUAUUAUUUGGAUCUAAGCUAUAACCACCUAACCUUCAUUCCAGAAGAAAUCCAGUAUCUAAGUAAUUUGCAGUAUUUUGCUGUGACCAACAAUAAUAUUGAGAUACUACCAGAUGGGCUGUUUCAGUGCAAAAAGCUGCAGUGUUUACUUUUGGGGAAAAAUAGCCUGAUGAGUUUGUCCCCUCACGUGGGUGAGCUGUCGAACCUUACUCAUCUGGAGGUCAUUGGUAAUUACCUAGAAAUGCUUCCUCCUGAACUGGAAGGAUGUCAGUCACUGAAACGAAGCUGUUUGAUUGUCGAGGAGAAUUUGCUCAAUACUCUUCCUCUCCCUGUAACAGAACGUUUGCAGACAUGCUUAGAUAAAUGUUGAUCUAGACAGAGGAGACCCCAUGUCUCAAAAUAAUUUUUUUUUAAAGUAUGCCCCCAGGGCUUUAAAAGAGAAGUAAAGUUUCCUAAGUUGUAAAGAUGGAAAAUGGAUGAUGAGUAUGACUAACCAUAACCACAUGUCUUAUUAAAGCAACUCAGUGUCUAGCCCUGGUUAAACGGGUAAAAAGUGUUAACACUAAACUGAAGUUUUGUGAUUAAUUGAUCUUUAAUUUAUUGAGAUAUUGUCAAAAGUACACAUCAAGGGUGGCAUAGGAGACAUAGAAUUAUUGUAUCUCUACCUUGCAAUUUUUCCCUUGAAGAUUGUAUAGUGUUCUUUCCUUCACACUCCCCCAGUCCCCAUUACUUACUGGCACGCUUGUUUUUAACUGAUUUCCUCUUGAUAUUGGUAACCAGGAUCAUAAAUGCAUCAAUGUAAAUUUCCAUGAUGUAAACUCACCACUGCCUUUGAUUAAUGUUCUUAAAUUUCUUAGGCAGGGGGGCAUUGUGUUAGGCAGAGUAUCUUUUUGUAUUAAUUUUUGCUUCCUCUCCCAGCUUGCGUGAGUCUUCACUAAUCUUGUUUUCUCUUGACAACAAUGAUGAACCCUGAGAAAAUGCCUGCUUUGGGCCUUCACAUAGAACAGAAGGAGCCAACAUACCUAGGAGAUGUCACCUUCAGAGACAACCUGAAAACUCAUGUAGUCUCUGAAAUUUCCUCAUCUAUUAUCAAAGCCCUUUUUUAUUUGCUAAAAUUUUUAUAUUAAAUGUACAACAUAAGUAUUUUCUAUUGUAUAAUCUGGGAUUCAACAGCUGUGAGAAUAAUUUUGGUAAGGUACAGAGGGUUGAUGCAUUUCUUUAAGAAUUUACAAUUAAUGUUCUUAGUUUUGGCAGUCUAUGAUUCUGGUGUUUAUGUACAUUCAGCUCCAAAAUGUUUUUCUAUUCUGCAACUAAUUCUGGCUAACAAAAUCCUUGUGUCUCAUGCACUAAAAUAUUUGGGGGCUUUCCUUGUGAGAAAAUGGCUGCGUUAUCUACCUCUCUCUUCCCCUAGUGCUGUGUAUCGUACAGGUGCAAUUCUUAGUAACUUACAGAAACUGUGAUGGAGGGGAGAGGAACAGUUCUGGAUUUUUAAGAUUGAUUUUAAAGCACUUGUAGAAAUUUAGUAAGAGUUAAAGCAAAAUACUUUUGCAUGAUCUGUAGAUAUGAUUAUAAUGUAAAACACUCAGCUAUUUAGUAUUUAAGAUGAAAUUCUGAAUGCUCACAAAGAAAUAGAUCCAUUCAAUGCUGAAAUUCAUCUUGUGCCUUUGUCUAAAUCUUCUGGAAUAUCUUUUGCUCCUUUUUUAAAGAGCUUUGUGUUUGCAUUUUUUUUUUUAGUCAUGUAAAUUGAAUAAAAUCGAGUGGCUCUGUUUGGGGAAACAUACAUUCUUAAUGUGUCUUUCUCUAGGCACUUCGAAGCCACCUUAUUUUGGAUGUAACCAUGAGGUAAUCUGUUAACUGCCCCUAGGCAAAACUGGAAAACACUAUGGAUAAAGAGUUCUGUAAAUAUGGAAUUAUGGUGUUAUAAUUUUUCUUACUUUGCCUGUUAUGGAAAGAUGAAAAUGAGACUUUUUAAAUUAUGACAAAAUGUAGCUUGCUUCAACUGCCACACCCCCCGGGACUGAAGUUCAGAGAGAAGAAUUGUUCAUGUCAAAUGAAAUUUGAAUAAAAUUAAUUAUAAAGAAUAUAGAGGACCAAAAGCCUCCUAACAUGUUAAUGUUUAUUCUGAAUGGAAGGAACAGUGUAAACAUUUAAAUUCUCACCAAAACUUGCCUUGAGUCAGAACAUUCAAGUUCUCAGGGAACCUGGCAUAACUAUGGAACUUUCUUAGGACUUAGAAAAGAGAUUCUGCCUAUAUCCAGGGUUCUUUGUUAUUUUUAUUUUUUAAAUGUGAGUUUGUGGUCAUUUUAAUGUUCAUGUUUGUUUUGCAGUAAUUGUGGUGUGCCCUGAUUCCAGUGUUGGAUAGGAUUAUUUUAAGUUUUGGACAUGAAUGUGAUACAUGGAGAGGGGUUUAAAUGUUUUUGUCCCUAUAACUAGCCAUAAUUUCUAAAAGAAACCCCACCCUUUCCUAUAAGGAAGAAUUUUCAAAACGUAGUAGAUUUGCUACCAUUUGCUACCAUUCACCUGACAAAACCAGAAAGUCACCACUAGGCAUUUUCGGUUCAACCGCAUGCAUCGUCCUUAUCGCCUCUAAGUUUCAGGAAGCAAUUUACUAGCAAGAUACAAUAAUGAAUAUUCUAAACUGCUUCCAUAGGGUAUAGUUAGGGUGGAAACUCUGUUCUGAUGCCAUAGUUUUUAAAUUUCUUCUUCUUUUUUAAUCAUAUACACCAGUGUUUAGGUAUAGAUUUUGAAGGACAUAACAUUGAAAUCUGAGACUACCACUUGACAUACAAAAAAAUUUUUAAUACUCCUUUAUUGCCCUUUCAGAUCACAUCUUUAUUUUACAGGUGUUGUUCAUAUUCAUUCAAGAGAAACUUAAAUGAAGAAAAUGAAGUUUGUUAAAUUAUAAUUAUGAGACUUUGGUUGGCAUUUGAUUGCCAAGAAUGCCUAGUGCAUUUUCCACAAAAUAAAUGUGGAUGUGUUAGAACUAAAGUUUAUGGCUUUUACUAGCAAUGGAAUUUAUUUACACACAGAGAGACAUUUACACAAGCAUACACACACACAUCUGUAUGCAUGCAAAAUAUGACUUCUUAGUUUUUAUAGAUUUAGUGUUUUUUCCAAAGUUGUAAUAAGUUCUACAUUAAUGCUGGGAUACUAAUUCUUUUUCAUUCAGUACUUGUAAUCAUGUACAUGUAAUCCCUUAGUAAUAACCUUUAAAAGACUGCUCAACCUUAGUUUGAGAAUCUAAGUGUUAUUGAGCAUUCCUGGUGAAGUUGUAGUGUUUCCCUAACCUAUGUCAGGGUAUAUCUGUAGGACACGUCAUAGUGUAUUUCCAUUUGUCAUCCUCAGUCUUAAUUUUUUUCCCCUGGAUGUCACCUUACUUCACUGUCACUUAACAAAUAUUUAUGUUAAACAGGGUAAAAACAGAGAUCAUCAGGAUCUCGGCACUGUGGCAUAGCUCUGAUAUGUGUGCUGUGAUGAAAUGCAGUGAAUUAUUUGCAUAACAUUGUUUAAUAGUGAAAAUAUUUGUUUUUGUUUUUUGUGUUUCAUGAUUCAAAUUUUGUAUGUUUAAAAUAUUGCCUAAUCUUGACUGGUUCAGAAACCAUUAAAAUAAACAAUUAUUCUGUGGAUUUAAUAGCUUUAUUUCCUUGUGUUUCUAUAAAAUUUUCUUUCCAUCUUUACAUUCUCUUAGCAUCAUCCUAUAAAAUUCCUUUAAGGUAUUUUAUUUUCCUUCUCCACUAACCCACCCCAUUAAAUUACUUGAUCAGCGCUCAUAUGGUAAUAGAAUAUCUUUGUGCUGAAGCACUUGCAGUGAUACUGGAGAAUGCAUUUAUUUUGGCAGAAGCCAGAUAGCCUAUAAUUAUGCCAAAUUGAGUAUUUCCUCUUCCCCCAUCCUUGCAGUAUUUAGAGCUAAUUCUAUGAUCCUUCAUCUCUACCAGAGACAUGAGAAUGCAACUGUAGGUCCACUGUGUUUUCUGUAACUGCAUUGCAUCAGAGUCUGUGUUUAUUUCCUUCUUGAGACAAGAGGAAGGCUGUGGGGGAAAAGGAGGUAUUGUUUUGCAUUCUGCUUUGUAUUAAGACAUUAUAUACAUUAAAUGGUAUAACUAAUAACUUGCAAAAUGCACUGAAUAUAAUUAUUUCUUCUCUCCAGCUUUAUGUGAAAAGCUGAAGUGGUAAAAACAACAAAAACACAGUCCUAUUUAAUUGGUUUCCUCCCAUUUGUUUUUCAUCACUUCUGCAUCCUUUGAACUAUCAAUUAAUCAACUUUAGUAAUGGACUCUAAGCUAUACAACUUUUUUUAAUGGGAACAAUUUCAUCAGCACUAAAGCAUUAACAUAGACUAUAUGAGUCAAAGUACUGGUUUGACAUGACUUACAAUAAAGCUUAAUUCAUAUUUAAGUUUUGCAUUUGACUUGUGUAAUACAUUACUGCUGAGAAAAACAAUUAUGAAUGCCUUCUGCAUGUUGUAUAUUAUCUCUAACAGAUGGUGCAAUUUAAAAAAUACAGAGUACAAAAAAUAUGUAGAGUUAGGAUGAUGUGUUUGUGCUUACUAUGUGUUUUGUAUAAAUCUAAAAUAAAGUUUAUGAGAGAAUUUUUAAAAACUUCAAAUAUUUCACUCAAUGAAAUAAUAGAGCACUUUUGAGUAGAGACAUUUUCUUUCUUUAGUUAACUUCACAAUGAAGGCUAGUAUUUGUUGUUCAAUCUCUGUCACAUAUUUGGAAACAUGUAUACACUUGAAUUUUACUUCUGGUAAUGAAUUCUUAGAAAAUGUAAGAUUUUUGCAAUGAGUUACAUGUUUUGGGCCCCUUGGGUUUACCAUAUAAAGCUGCACUUUAGUGGUAAAUCACGUUGCCUGAGAUUCAGUAGAUUUUGAUAAACUUUACUGUUUUUAAAGUAUCUUUUAUGUAAAGUAAAGAUUCAAUUUUUAUAAUAAAUGGCAAAUAAAAAUAGAUUAUAUG